AUGCAGCUAGCAGGAACUAUGAUGGAAUGCUAUGACAAUGACGAGGUGUCAUUGAGACUGCACCAGGCAUUGACAGGAGCCGGCUUUGCUAACUUCCCAGGUAACCCUCCAGAUGAUAUGGAGAUGGAAUAUGAACCUCUCUUGAAUACACUGGAAGAACUCACCCUUGCCUCCCCAGAGGAAAUGCAAGCAUGUGAAGACACAAUCAUGGCAGACAUGGAUGAAUGGGUCCCAAUCAACGAUGAAGCACAGGUAGGCGACGAAGGCAAGGAUCUCAAAGAUACUGAUGACAUCUCAGAGGAGCAAUACGAGCAUCUCCGAGCCAAAUACCUAGAUCCCGACUGCCAGCCCACCGACUACGUCCCCUGCGCAUGCAUCGAAUGCAUCAAACUCUACGAAUGGGACGACCCAGCCGGCCCCAGCGCAUCCUUCGCCCCAAUCCUCUACAAACCCACAUUCAACUUCGUCCAAUCCAUCCCCAAACCCGUCCUCACACCACGGUCCCACCUCCUCGACCCCCGCUGUCCCUCCCCUUCCCCUCCCUCCCCCCUCCCCACAAACCCCGCUCCACCAACAAAAAGAACCACCGUAAACCCCUUCCCGCCUUCCCUCUACAAAACCACCACCCUCCUCCACUGCCCCUCCCCCACGACCCCCGACCCCUCAACCCCAAUGCUCCCAUUCUACACCCAAGAAUACAUCCGCUCCCUUCGCCUCCUCAAACUCCGGCGCCGCUGGUCCCACCUCCCCCUCUCAGACUUCACCACCGAACUCGCGACCCUCGCGCGCUCCCUCGCCAACCCGGCCAACAACCUGGCAACCUGGCCCCCGCUCGCAGCGUGGCUCGCACACUACUACGCGACGAUGCAGGGCGUGCCGAGGAAUCGGCGGCACAGGGUUAAAAUGGGCUUGUUGAAGGGGUUGGAGGAGGUGUGCCAGGUGAGGGUUAGGGAGAAUAAGGCGGCGGUGGAGGAGUUGGUCGAGGCUAAAGGGGAGAGGUUGGUGGUCGGGGUGUGGGGGAUGGUGAGGUUGGGCGUGGAUGAGGAUUGUGAGGUUAGAGGGAGUUUGGGGUUGGGGGGUUUGCGGGAGUUUACGGAUGAGGUGGUUGGGAGGAUGUCUGGGGGAUGGGCGUGGGUUGAUUGA